AUGCCUGCUUUGGUGUUUUUAGGAAGAGCAUGGGCAUUCGCCUCAGACGAUUUUGUUUGCACAGGUUUGAGUAAUUUUUUACUGAGAUUGUCCUGUGUUUGUAUCAUGGCUGUACCACUUCUUCUUGCAAAAAACGUCUCCGUUUGCUUUUCCGACAUAGCAUCCAAGGUCUUUUGCAUAGCCAUGUUUGUUGUAAUGGCUGUUUUGCUGAUUCUCGACGCCUUACUUUCACUGUUCAGCAGCAAGGGAGGUGUUAUGGAUACAAAUUUACGCAGAAAUGUUCCUCAUGUACUUGGCACAGUCUGUCUUUUUUCUUUGGUGUUACUGGUGCUGAAUUGUAUCAAUUUGUAUUUUGCCUACAAUGCAUAUAACCUUUGCGAAAUACAGAUUAUUGACUGCUAUGUAGCAGGGAACGCCAUUUCAGUAGCCCAUGUUAUCGGUUUUAUUCUGUUCUUACUACUACAUUAUCGUGAAGCUGGGGCUUUCUGGGGCCAGUUGGCAAAUGAUCCUAAUGUAUUUAAACAAGGUUGCUUGCAUCCUGAUGUUAAUCUUUCCACGAAGCAGUCAGUAAUGCUCAAAAAGAGAAAAUCUUUUCAACGCAACUUGAGGAUUUUAGGAGUUUUCCGUCGUUCACCUCGUUUUAAAACCGAUCAAACAUUAGUACAAACUGAAGAAAGGGUAAUAACCUCUGCUGCUGCACUAUUUUCGGAAAUUUUUUACGAUGUAGAUUUAGUUGCAAGCGAUAUAGUUGCGGGUCUCAUCCUGCUACGUUGGCAGACCAAACAAUGGGUUGGGUGUGGUCAUCGUGUCCCUUUGAGCCUCAUACACCAGGAUACUUCUCCUUCAGAUCUGAACAUUCAUGCUGUGCAAAAAGAUGACCAAACUCCGGAUAUGUGGUUGGAUAUCCACAGAAUUUACCGAGUAGCAGAAUUUGUAACCGCUAUCUACGGGAAGUUGUUAUACUACAGUAUGAAUCUUGGCAUUCCUGGUUCCACUUGUCGGUUGUAUCGUCACCUUCCUUGUUGCAUAAACUCUUGUAAUCGUCCUUCACCAGAACAAAGUCAGCUUAGUUGUUGUAUCUGCUCAGGGCAUACAUGUGAUUUAGCAGCAAUACUUGAAUUCACUUCACUUAGAGAAGAUCAGUUCGUUAAGCUUUCAUAUGACAAUUCAGUUCAUCAAACCCCUUACUUUGUAGCAAUCGAUGACUGCAGUCAGUGUAUCGUUAUUUCUGUACGUGGUACAUUGUCCUUUGAAGAUACUAUUGUUGACUUGUUAUACGAUGGAGUGCGUUUAGACGAGGUCGAGACAUUUAUUGAAUCGAAAACAGGCACAAGACCAUGCUUUAUUGGACAUCGUGGUAUGGUUGAAAGAUCAAGAUAUUUAUACAAUUGUCUGGUAGCCGAUCGUACAAUUGAUAUAGCAUUACACAGAAAACCACAUUAUAAGCUAGUUGUAUGCGGUCAUAGCCUAGGCGCUGGUAUUGCAUCUUUCCUAUCUGUCUUUCUGCGUUCUACAUAUCCUGAUGUGAAAGGUUACGCCUUCAGUGCACCUCUAGGAAUGAUGAAUCAAGAAUUGGCAGACUAUUGCAAACCAUUUUUACUGUCCAUUAUUUAUGGAUACGAUAUUUUCGCACGUAUGAAUCGAUCGACAAUGUCUGAUUUCAAAUGGCGUUUAUUGGAUGCCUUAUCGGCGUGUAAAGUACCUAAGCAUCGUCUGUUAAGUCGUGGAUUGUUCGUGUGCCUACGACGUUAUUUAUUCAAAUGGUGUUUUCCGGAUUGUUUUCCAAGCGAGUCUGUAACAACUGUUGGAAAUGAUACUCUACUGCUAGAUGCAACGACACAGGAACGCUUGAUUCAGUCGAUUCCACAACUUGCACACGAUGAUAAUGAAAUGCGUGUUUGUCUUUCAUCGCAGGAGAAUUCGUCAAAUUCAGCUAGUACAAGUACCUAUCGAACUGUGCAGUCCAACCGAUUUCGUCCUGGUCCACGUUCACUUCUCUGUUGGAUCAAUCCUGAUAGUGUGCUUCCACAGACUAAUAUACAGCCUACAGAGUCCACUUCACAGAUGCAUUCUGCAAAUGACAAAGCCGACUUGUCCACUACUGAUGAACUUCAGUCGUGCCAGUCAUACGACCUCUCAGAUGGUGUAUUCGGCGGUUUAGUUCUCCAUCUAGUCGAUGUUGAUCUUGAUCAAAGUGAUGAUGAUGACAGUUCCACUAGUCCUAUGAUGAAUGAAAAUAGUUUCAAAGAAGAUGUAAAAGACGGCCGAAAAAUUCAUAAUUCUGGUCUGGAACGAUUGCUCUCAGCAAAGUCGAGUAGAAAAAAUUCAUGUUGUAAAAGUCAUCGUGAAACUAGAAGAACAGUCUCAGCUGUCUGGUCUAAUCCACAACAGUUUAAAACUAUUCUAAUUCACCCACAAAUGCUGAUACACCAUUUACCUGAUCGAGUGUUAAAAGCUGUUGAAUGCCUUCGUCGGACCGUACUCCUAGUGUCAACUGACUCUUCAGAAAAAAAUGGCAUGAAUGGUUUGAAGACGUGUGAUUUUAUACGGAAAUUGAAUAAUGUAUCAUAAUUUUUAUUUAUUUAAUUAAUUAAUUUAUUUUUUGGUGAAGAAGAGUACUUCUUGCAUGGAUUUAUUCAAUUGUAACUGUGAAUCAGUAGCUGUUCUUAUAACAAAUUUACUUCAUUUUGAUUCGUGCCAUUGUGUUAUUUCAUCUUUUUAGCUAGCCUAUUGUUCUGCUCUGCCAGACAGACAAUACGCCUUCAAAAAACCACUUUGUACAUUUAUCAUAAGAAUACCCAUUAUGCACUUACGGAUGUAUUAUCAUGUCUUUGUGAUACAAGUACAUAUUUAAAUCUAAAGAAUAGCAGGGAAAUCUUCCAUCGUAGCUUUGUGCAAUAGUUUGAUUUUUUUUUAGUAACACAUUCUUACAACAUUCAGGAAUUUUUGGGGUGUAUGGGUAGUGAAAAAAAUAGAGUCUAAAUUAAUUAGUGGUUUGUGCUUGCCUCUUUCCUUUAUACGAGUUUCUUUCCUUUUGUUUUUUGCUUUCUUUCAAAUGACUCUGAUUUCUGUUUAAUCAGUCUGUGACUCUUUUGUAUUUUGUUUCUUAUAGGCAUUUUCUUGUUAUGUGAUUAUAAUUUUGUGAACUUUUUUUCAUUACCGUAUUACUAUGACCCUUGUAUCAAACAAUGUCGGUUGGAAAGAGAGUAGCAUAGAAAUAGGAGGGAACUGUCAGUACUGUUGUUCGAAACAGUAACAAUUCAUUCGUAAACUCUGAGUAGUAAUAAGGCCGAUUUUCUGUCACUUUUUCCACGUUUUUUUUUUAAAUUUAUGCAUUGCAGUUAUUUCAGUAAUCAUAAUUCAAACAGUCCUACUAAUUUAAUCCUCUCAUUAAUAUUAUGCGUUACUGUGAUUCAUAAUUUGUCUUUCUGUGAUUGUUAUUUUAUUAACGGUUUCUCUGCUGCUGCUGCUACUACUGGUAUUGUUCACUGAUUCAUCAUUAGCACUUGGUGUACUUAUUCUAUUUGAAUACUUUCUUUUUUUUAAAGCUUGUUGGCGUUUUGCACUUCUUAUUCGAUAGAUAUUUUUAAAGUGUGCAUCUUCUCCUUUUUUUUCCCAAUAAAGAGGAAACACUUUGUCACCUACGACUACAUUAACUCAGGUCAUUAAUUCAUAUGGAUUUUCGAUAAUUUCAAAAUAAA